AUGGUCAUUUCUUCAUCAUCUGAAGGUGACAAUGACCAAAUCGAUUUAACUGUCAAUUAUGGAGAAAUUUCGAUAUUUCAAGACAGAAAUAGACGCGUCAUGAAAACGGCUUUCACUUCCACUCAUUCGGGAGACUAUCAAAUUUGUGUCAUGAAUUUCGGAGCUGUUGGUGCAACUGUUACAAUCGCAAUUGAUCAAGGACCAGAAGCGAAGGACUACAGCCAAAUUGCGAAGAAGGAACAGCUUGACCCUCUAAUCGUUUCCCUUCGCCGCGUUGAGGAUCAACUUCGUGAAUACCAUCGGAAUCUCUUGCAUAUGCGGUCGAAGGAGUUAAAAAUGAGAAAAAUUAAUGAUUCAACUUCAAAUCAAGUUGUUUUCUUCUGUCUUUUGGGAGUUGCCGUCAUGUUUGUUGCAACACUACUGCAGAUUUUAUACUUCCGCAACUUUUUACGAAGCAAAAAAGUGAUUUGA